AUGCCCAGUAUCGGAUUCAUGGCGCUGGAAGCGCGAGACGACGACGUGCCUUUUGGCUUUGUGAGGGAGGACAACGAGAUUAUUCCGUGGCGAUAUAGCAAACAAGCAUUCAUCGUGAAAUGGUCCAUCAUGGCAGGCAUCAUCGUGUUGAUCUUGUCAUUCCUCUUGGGAAGCUGGCUUCAUCUGCGAUCAAGAGUCAAAAAGGGUCUGCCGCCGCUGAGAUAUCACAGAUUCUUGGUCAGAACUCCCAGACAGCCAGCUACAGGUCAACAGGCAAACGGAUGGGUACCGCAGACAAACAAUCCAAUGGGUGGCUACUACAUGGGCACCACGGCUCCCCCACCGGUAUACGACCCAGCCAAAUUUCCCAUGUACUCAGGCCAUACCGAUGUAGAAAAGGUCGACUACGCGCGAGAACCUACCAGACGACCGGCCGAAGCCAACCCUGCGCCAGACUAUUAUGACAUACCCUUGGGACCGCCUCCCGUUGCUGCGACGAGAUAA